CAGGUCGCGGUGUUAUAAAUAGAGCCUCCAGCCCGGCGGGGGAGUGAAAAUGAGCAUCGGCGUCCGGCGACCGCUCCAUGAUCACUGUGAGAAGGAUGCUGCAGCAAGCUCUAAGAGUAUCCGGCCGGAGCGCUGUCCCUCUCCUCAAGUGGAUGGAAAGGUGGGCAGAGGGCGCUGCGGUCGCUCCCGACGGGACUGCGGUGAGGAGUCUGGACGACAUGCCUGGCCCGUUGGUGCUCCGCUUCGCCUGGGACUUAUUCGCCCGCCGGGGACUGUCCAAGUUGCAUCAGUUGCAGCUGGAGGGAGUUCAACGGUACGGCCCCAUGUGGAAGGCGAGCUUUGGCCCCAUCACGACAGUCCAUGUGGCACAUCCAGCACUUAUUGAGCAGGUGCUAAGGCAAGAAGGCCAACGCCCAAUGCGCUCUAACCUUUCCUCCUGGAAGGACUACAGGAAGCUCAGAGGUCAGCACUACGGGCUGCUGACAUCCGAAGGCGAGGAGUGGCAGGAGGUGCGGAGCCUCCUCGCAAAACACAUGUUGCGGCCCAAGGCGGUGGAAGCUUACGACAAAACCCUGAACGGCGUGGUCAGCGACCUCAUCGUCAAACUUCGCCAGCGCAGACAUGCCGAAGGCCUCGUGGCCGACGUCGCCAGGGAGUUUUAUUACUUCGGUCUCGAGGGAAUCUCAUCUGUGUUGUUUGAGUCCAGAAUUGGCUGCCUUGAGCCAGUCGUUCCAAAAGAAACAGAACUCUUCAUUGAGUCUAUCAACACCAUGUUUGUAAAAACGCUUCUUACAAUGGUCAUGCCAAAAUGGAUGCACUCGCUCUUCCCCAAACCAUGGAACACCUUCUGUCAGUGCUGGGACAACAUGUUUGAAUUUGCUAAAGGCCACAUUGACCAGCGCCUGAGGGAAGCAGAAAAAGAAAACAAUGGAGACAAAAUGGAGGGCAACUACAUCGCCUACUUCCUCUCCAAGACAGAUUUGCCCAUAAAGACUGUUUACAGCAACAUCACAGAACUGCUGCUUGCAGGCGUCGACACCAUAUCCAGCACAAUGUCCUGGUCAUUGUACGAGCUGUCGCGUCAUCCUGAGGUGCAGGCCUCACUGCGCGAUGAGGUCCUGACGGUACUAGAAGGCAGAAAGGUGCCUCAAGCAGAAGAUGUAGCUCGCAUGCCUCUUAUGAAGGCUACAGUCAAAGAAGUGCUCAGGUUGUAUCCGGUCAUUCCUGCUAACGCUCGAGUCAUCACUGAGAAAGACAUCCAGGUUGGAGGUUACCUCAUUCCUAAAAAUACUCUGAUUACGCUGUGCCACUUUGCAACAUCCCGCGAUCCAGCUGUCUUUCCAAAUCCCAAUGAGUUCCUGCCGAACAGAUGGUUAAACAAGGACCAGACUCACCACCCAUACGCCUCCGUGCCUUUCGGGGUGGGGAAACGCAGCUGCAUAGGCCGACGUAUCGCUGAGCUGGAACUCUACCUUGCUCUCGCCAGGAUCCUGAUAGAGUUUGACGUACGGCCAGACCCGAAAGGCGUUUCUGUGAAGCCCAUGACACGGACGCUGCUCGUUCCUGAAAGUGUCAUUAACCUGCAGUUUGUUGAACGAUGACCCGCUCUUGUGAGCGAGGCUGAGUUACGUGAAAGGUACCACGGAUCUCAAGAGCACAUAGCACACGGGCAAGAGGCGACCUGUUCAGGAUCAUGUCAAAAAAGCUAAAGGCCCACAGGAGGCCUCUUGGGUAGAAAACAGGGACUCAGGCACUCCAUGGGAAAUUAACUAGCCUUUGGAUUUACGAUAGCGUAUAUUUGCACAAAGUUCCCAUGAAUGUCGUUGAAAAAUGCUCCUCCGAUCCUGUUUCAUUUAUUGUAAUUGGACUAAGCCUUUGAAGCUGAUUUUUGUAUGAGAGCAAAUGAAGCCAGUGUGAUUAAGAAAAUUUCAUUCAGGAUAUGACUUCCCACAUCUUAAUCUUGUGUGUGUUAUUAAAAUGUGAUAGCAAGGGCAUUAGAGUGAAAAUGCCAAAGUUGAACAGUGUUCAGGGAAGCUAGUUGACUUACACAUUGUUCUAAUUUCUAAUGUGUUUUUCUCCAUUAUGAAUCAGGUCAAUGUUUUCUAGCUCAUAUUACCAUGCUUUAUUAACGCUACAGGUAAUGUUUUAACUAAUAUUUUAUCAUUAUUAAAUCAAACUCACUAAUAUAACAAACAUAAUAAAUAAGUUUAUUUCUGUGGAAUUAAACUAAAAAAAAAAAAAAAAAAAGCUUAAAAAAGGGGAGCUCUACUACCCCUUUGCGAAUUAGUAGUAAUGGCAUUUUACAUUAUCUGCUUGAUAAAAUUUGUAAAGUACAGUAUAUGUAAUUGAUUUUUUUUUUUUUAAUUUGUUUUGUUCAGCUAAGAAGCCAUGUUAUUUUCAAUUUUAUAAUAAGUUUCAUUUAUAGUUUAUGUUAUCAACUUUUUUUUUUUUUUUGCCAUUAGUGAUUAUUUAUGGCAUUAUUAAAAAACAACAACAACAAAAAAACGAUACAUUGGAGUGGAGUUAAAUGCUCAGUGACUUUAGGUGUCAUGAGUUAUGCUUCACUGUCCCGUGUGAUAAUUGAAAGUCAAGUUCUGUUUGACAUUUGAUAAUGUUUUGGUUAAAACCAGAGGUGGGUAACAUAACCAAAACUUUUUACUCAAGUCAGAGUAGCAUUAUUUCUAAAUAAUAUUACUAAGGUAAAUGUAAAAGUAGUCAUCCCAAAAUUUAUUCAAGUACAAGUAAAAAAGUAUUCAAUGAAAAGAAUACUCAAGUAAUGAGUAACAUUGUGAGCAACUGCUUACAAUGUCUGAUUUUUUUUUAAACAUGGUGUAUUUUUUUCUUAGCACAACUUCAUACAUAUGAACUGUUAUUGUUAUUCUGUACUGUUAGCUAUUACAUUACCAUAUUAGGCCAAAAAGAUGACCCAAAAAAAAUUUGAAUUUGGGCCAGAACAACGCUAUGAAACAUCACCUGUCCAAAGAGCAUGAGUGCCCUCCAGUGGAGAAAAAACAUUGUUAGCUCUGACUUUUAUACAGUGAUCCCUCGCUACUUCAUUCUUCAAACUUCACGCCCUCAGUUCAUUGCGGAUUUUUUUUUUCAAUUAAAAAAAUUAUUCAAUAAAUACAGAUGAGCUGUCCAGAUCCGAUCACAUAGUCUCCUUCUCCCUCCUUCUCCUUUUUUUGUUCUGGCAGUGCACUGGAGUUGCUUAUUAAAGUUAACGAUGAUUGACAGACGUUAAGGUUUGAUCUUGCCAGAGAUGCUUGGAAGCCAAAACUUCAAAGCGCUGCUUGCGUCAAUCAUCAUUUAGCCUGUUAAACAGUUGCUGUGGCAACUUAUUGUGUGUAAGUGAGCCACUUGAGCGAAUUUGAGUGGACUCACUAAAUGAAGCAUUUAAUAAAGACAAGUAUUUUUCUACUUUAUUCUUGUUUAAAAAUAAUUCGGUGGGACGGUAACAUGUUAAAAACUUAUCAUGAUUAUUACAUUUGAAGUGCUUAAAAACCAUAUUUUAAAAUAUAUAUUGCAGAAAACACGCAGGUGACUGGAAUUUCCACUCUGAGACCCCCAAUUUAGCCAAAUUUCAAAACUGUCCUAUAUGCCUGUGUGAUACAUCAUUGGAAAGCUUAAAACCUUUUUAAAAAGCAAAACCCUAACUGGAGUAGUGACGGGAUCUGUCGUUCACUUGAGUAAACGAAUCCAUUCCGGUUCGUUCAGUAAAACGAUUCGUUCAAACGAAUCGUUCAACGAAUCGUUCGCCCCCCUCAUCUCCCUCCCCACCCAAAUGAAUCGUUCGGUUAGUGAACGGGAAGUGACGUUGCCGAACGAAUCCCCAAAGACCGCUUCGCAGUAUAACUGAACGGGAAGUGACAUUGCUUGGUCCCUCCCUCUCUUGCACAUUGACCACUCGUCGUAGUUUCAGAAAUGAAUGACAGGCGAUAUCAUUCUGCUCUCAGAGACAGCCUCGUCUCCCUCCCGCUGCUGCAAAAGCGAGGGAGAACUUCCGCGUCGCCUGUCCUAGUUUAAUGGGAUCAAAGUCAUGGCUCGUGCUUGCAUUUCGAUUGAGGACACGGUUAAACAUUUUCCUUUUGUGGGGGGAGCGGGGGGUUGGGGUCGGGGGCGCACGGACUUUCUUUAGCAUGAUCUUGCUCACAUAUACAAUGCUGCUGCUAACAGCCAACGCGGCAUGCCUGCUGUCACGAAAACAAAAAUAAAUCGAAAGUUUAAUUUCUAAUUAUGGAACGGCCAACACAUCAUAUUAACCUCUCGCUCUGUUGUAUUUUUGUUUUUUAUUAUUAAGAUGAUCGUUUUGAAUUUUUGCACUGGUAUUAAUAAAUAAAAUAAUCCGGUCAGCUCCCCUGUCGUCCCCGCAUCUCAGAUCGUCAAAUGCUGACGAGAAAUAAUUGUUUGCUUUAUGAUUUCGCCUUUCUACUCUCAUUAGUCUGUUAAGAAAAAUGUAGACAUAUUGCGACAUCUCCCAUGUCCGCGCGCUUUGUUUUUGGGGCGCUUGAGUAGCACAUGAUGGACGGAUUGACAUAAUUUGUCAAACCAACCGACACCCUCUAACACGAAAAAAAAAAAAAAAAAAAAAACACUCGGAAAAAAUUGACAUGUAUAUACAGUUUCAUUGCAAAUCAGUAUUAUGGUGAUCAUACUAAAUAUUAUUUUUUUUCUGUGCACAUAUGAGGUACAUAUCGCUGCCAUGAAGCCUCCAUAUAGUGACAGUUCUCUGCCCGCUUCACUGCCGUCACGCGACCGCAGCUCAGGUUUUGCUUGCCUCGUAGCUACGCGUGUUUUAAAUUACUGUAAAUUUGAUAGUAUAUCGUCAUAGGCACAGUCCCGAGUCUGUUGAGAAAAGUAGAACACUAAACCAUGCUCGCUAGAUUUGUGUGGUGUUUUUGUCUUUUUGAGCAGCAUUUGAUAGGCUCAACGUUAACAAAUAUGUGACAAAGUCGUUUCCUUUCAUUUUAUGACUCGUUCACCGCAUAGUCAUUACUGGAAAGUCAAGUUAGCAGCAAGCUAGGUCAGGAACCGGAGGACCGAAUCACUGAACGGGAAGUGACAAAACUCAGUCUUUCCCCCCUGCCUGCACGCUGGCUGCUUAUUGGCCACACGUGGAAAUGAGUGACAUACGCCAUGAUUCUGUUUCCGCUCCCUCCCCUGCCCGCGAUGAGGCUGGCGUCUGAUUGGUCGUGUGCGAUGUCAGAAGACGCUGCCGCUUGCUCAACGCCCUCCCACGCAGCGAACAAGCACCACCAACUUCAUAGAACGAAUCAGUGCAGAUGGUGAUUAGUUCGGUCUCGUUCACCCAAACAAUUCGUUCAAAAAGAACGAAUCGUUCGCGACCGAUACAACACUAAACUGGAGGUGAGAGCUAGAAAGAGCAUAAUUAAAGACGGCAUGAUUUUAACGAGAUAUUAUCGCGUAGUUAUCUUUUUCGAUCCAAAAACUCCAUGUAGCAUGCAUCACUGAGUGUCAAGACACAGCUGUGAAUGGCCACAGCUGGAUUUUUGGGGGAUAUUAUGGGUGAAACACAGUAAUAUAACAAGGGUCGUGAUGCAGAAAUUGUAGACAUCAAGGAGUGGUCGAAAUUUACUUUUUCAUAUAUUUACCCUUUUAAACAUUUUUUUAAAUUUUUCUUUGUUGGAUCGAUUAUUUAUCACCUAAAAUAUUGGGGGAAAUGCGACAGUAACAAAAAAAAUACAAUUAAGCGAUAAUUAUGAGGUAGAUAUCUGUGACUUAUUUACAGACACUAUUUUUUUCAUUGUGACGUAAUUUGUUUAAAAGUUUAAAAUAUGUGAGUGAAUAAUUUUUUUAAGUCGUUUUUUUGUACGCAAAAUAUUAGACAUCAAUUAAUGAUUCUAAACUAAAAAUGACAGACAUUUCGAAUAAUAAUUAUAAUUAUUUACCUUCUUUUUAUGGCUUGGUUGAAACAAAAGCGGUAACAAAAGCAUAGGGUCGGUUGCCAACGGGCUUACACUCACAAAGGAUUCACACGAUUACUGGGUUCUAAAUCACAGAGCUGAUUUGUGUACACUCUACCCAUUCCAAUCACUUAGCUUAUAGACCUCCCCACCCAUGCUAGCCAAUGAACUUCUCCGUUCUCCGCUCGCGCCGCGCUAGUUUCUUGCCGCCAGGGCCAUGCUUGUUGCUUUACGAAGGUCACGUUUGCUCGUCCCUGAUUGGUCCACUCCACUGUCUGUUUGCUGUGGCUUGCUCUGCCCUGGAAAUCUGAUUUGCCGGACGGUCGCCAGACUCAGUCGCUGGAACAGUGGUGAGUCUGGUGUACCAGGCAAGCGUCAACCGGAAAUACAUCUAGCCGACGAUAGCACCAACAUAUUAAUACAGGACUGUCUCAGAUAAUUAGAAUAUUGUGAUAAAGUUCUUUACUUUCUGUAAUGCAAUUAAAAAAACAAAAAUGUCAUACAUUCUGGAUUCAUUACACAUCAACUGAACUAUUUCAAGCCUUUUAUUAUUUGAAUAUUGCUGAUUUUGGCUUACAGCUUAAGAAACCUCAAAAAUCCUAUAUCAAAAAAUUAGAAUACUUCCUCAGACCAAGUAAAAAAAUAAUUUUAUAACAGCAAAACUAAAUCAAACAUUUGAAAAUGUGCAUUGAUGCACUCAGUACUUGGUUGGGAAUCCUUUUGCACGGAUUACUGCAUCAAUCCGGCGUGGCAUGGAGGCAAUCAGCCUGUGGCAUUGCUGAGGUGUUAUUGAUGCCCAGGAUGCUUCGAUAGCGGCCUUCAGCUCAUUUGCAUUUGUAGGUCUGGUGUCUUUCAUCUUCUUCUUAACUAUACCCCACAAAUUCUCGAUGGGGUUCAGGUCAGGGGAAUUAGCAGGCCAAUCAAGGACAGUGAUGCCAUGGUCAGUGCACCAGUUACUGGUGGUUUUGGCACUGUGGGCAGGUGCCAGAUCAUGCUGGAAAAUGAAAUCCUCAUCUCCAUAGAGCUUUUCAGCAGAUGGAAGCAUGUAGUGCUCUAAAAUCUCUUGGUACACAGUUGCAUUUACUCUGGACUUGAUGAAACACAGUGGACCAACACCAGCAGCUGACAUGGCUCCCCAAACCAUUGCUGACUGUGGGAACUUCACACUGGAUUUCAAGCAACUUGGAUUUUGCUCCUCUCCAGCCUUUCUCCAGACUCUGGCGCCUUGACUUCCAAAUGAAAUGCAAAACUUGCUUUCGUCUGAAAAGAGGACUUUGGACCACUCUGCAACUGUCCAGUGCUUCUUCUCCAUAGCCCAAGUCAGACGCUUCUUCCGUUGUCAUGAGUUCAGAAGUGGCUUGACCAUGGGAAUACGGCUAUUGUAGCCCAUUUCCCGGACACGUCUGUGAACUGUGGCUUUUGAUACCUGGACUCCAGCUUCAGCCCACUGUCUUUGAAGCUCCCCCAAAUUCUGGAAGUGGCUCUUCUUCACAAUUUUGUUAAGGCUGCGGUCAUCUCUCUUGGUUGUGCAGCGUUUCCGGCCACAUUUUUCCUUUUAGUGGAUAUGCUUUGAAACUGCACUCUGUGAACAGCCUGCUCUUUGAGAAAUUUCUUUUUGUGUCUUACCCUCCUGAUGGAUGGUAUCAAUGAUGGUCCUCUGGACAGCAGUCAGAUCAGCAGUCUUCCCCAUACUUGUGAUUUAGUUUACUGAACCAAGCUGAGUGUUUUUAAGGCUCAGGAAACCCUCGCAGGUGUUUCGAGUUAAUUAGAUGAUUCAGGUGAUUAGUUGAAUAGCCUACUUGUAUACUUUUUCAUGAUAUUCUAAUAUUUUGAGAUAGGAUUUUUGAGUUUUUGUUAAGCUGUAAGCCAAAUUCAGCAAUAUUAAAAUAAUAAAAGGCUUGAAAUAGUUCAGUUGAUGUGUAAUGAAUCCAGAAUGUACGACAUUUUUGUUUUUUUAAUUGCAUUACAGAAAGUAAAGAACUUUAUCACAAUAUUCUAAUUAUCUGAGACAGUCCUGUAGUUAGUGUUGGCGUUCAAUGUAUUUCUUGUUGUUGUUUGUGUUUCUUUUCUUUUUUUUCUUGUGUUCCUUUUCUUCUGUCCCCCCAUAACCCUUCCUGUUCGCUGUUUUGUCAUAAUAAACGAGAUAUGUUGAAAGACCACAAUGGAAAUAAAUUAUAAUCUCAAUGUGAAACAUUAAAACUGUUCAGACCAACUGGGCACUUAGACUUCCCUUCUCCGUGACAAACAGCUGAACAGGACAGGUUAAAAAGAAGAGAAAAAAAAAAAGAAACAAAACCGGUUGCGUGACGUCUGUAAACGGGGGUCUCCAGGUUUAAAAUAGACAGAUUAAAAAUAGUUCGGGGGCUUGAUACACCAUGAAUCUGCUAUGGCAGCAUAUCGACAUAUUGUUCUAUCAAACACAACAGUUCUUUUGGCUUAAAAUACAACAGUUUAUUUUAAAGAGGUUGCAAGAGCAGAAACUGCUUCUUCAGCCUUGUCUGUGUUUUUCGCCGUAUACAUAGUUUUUUUUUAAUUAUACUUUGGGGAAAAAAGUGAAAAUGUCUUAUUUGUAUAUAUUUCCAAUGUUAAAUCUGAAUGAAUACAUUGAACGCACACAAAAAAAUUGGGGGUCGGCGCUACUCUGUGGUUUUUCACUUAUUGCGACGGGUUCUAGUCCCCAUUAACCGCGAAAAACGAAGGAUCACUGUAAUGGAGUCAUGUGGUUAUUGUUGCGACGACUUAUUGGUGAAACUGAGACAGUCACUGUCCGCAUGUAUGGCAAAAAAAAGUCAAUAUGUAGAAUAAAGAGGGAAAAUGUAACGACUCUAGUGUAGCCCAAAGUAGUCAGAGUAUUGUUUCUUCUUUCCAAAUCUACUCAAGUAAAAAGUAUUGAGUGGUAAAGUAUAUUUUUCUCAAAAAGUUACUCAAGUAAAUGUAACUCGUUACUACCCACUUCUGGUUAAAACUCCAGAUUGUUCUACAUCAUUUUUAUUUUUUUAAGCGCCACUUAAAAAAGAAAUUUAAGAAGAGCUCUGGGCAUGGAAAAAAUGAUUACAAAUUUACAAUCUGAUAUGUUGAUGGAAAAGUUUGUGAUGAGGUUGCUAAGGUUAAAAAUUGUAAAACAAAAAACACGGGUUCUUUUGACGAAUCUGCGCUCAAAUGGCAGCUGUGCAAAAUGUUACUUCGGAUCAAGAAACGGGGUGAAAAUAUUUUGAAUUCACAAAUACAUUGUAAAUAUGGCUGUAUACUGUUGAAGCAAUGCACACACAUUUUUUUUCUUUUUACAUUUUGUAAGUGUAGCAACAUUUGUGUCUGAAUUCUGUAUUUAUUGUAAUUUAAUAUGGAUUUUUGAAACUAUACAUCACAAUAAAA